AUGGCUAUUAACGUGGAUCCAUUGGCAAACGAAAGAUGGAGGGAUGUCCGUCGUCUUACCGACGGUCCUUCGGGUUUUACAGUAGAAUUUUUCGAACCCGGACCUGAGAAUAUGAAGGCUAUUCACGACAUGAGAGUUCUAGUUAUUGGUGCCGGAGGGCUAGGGUGUGAAUUACUGAAGAACUUGGCUUUGUCUGGUUUUCGAUGCAUUGAUGUCAUUGAUAUGGAUACAAUUGAGCUUUCCAACCUCAAUAGGCAGUUUCUGUUCAGAGACUCAGAUGUUGGUAAAUCAAAAGCAGAAGUAGCAGCUCGUUUCAUUCAGAACCGUGUUGAUGGCUGCCAAGUUACAGCACAUAACUGCCGUAUCGAAGACAAAGACCCUGAUUUUUACCGACAAUUUCAAAUUGUGAUUUGCGGACUGGAUUCUAUUUUAGCUCGAAGAUGGAUCAAUGCUAUGCUGUGUGAUUUGGCUUUAAUGAAUGAUGAUGGUAGUGUUGAUAUGUCCACGAUUAUACCAAUGAUCGACGGUGGCACGGAAGGUUUCAAAGGGAAUGCUAGAGUUAUCUAUCCUCGUUUAUCUCCCUGUGUAGACUGUACAUUGGACUUAUAUCCACCACAAAUUAAUUUUCCUCUUUGCACUAUUGCUAAUACUCCUCGUUUGCCAGAACACUGCAUUGAGUAUGUGAAAGUAGUAAUUUGGCCCCAAGAAGCUCCAUUCGAAGGUGCACCCUUAGAUGCUGAUGAUAUGAGUCAUGUAACAUGGGUUCAACGAAAAGCUACCGAAAGAGCUGAGAAAUUUGGAAUUAGAGGUGUCGACAGAAGAUUGACACAAGGUGUCUUGAAACGUAUAAUUCCGGCAGUAGCGUCAACGAAUGCCGUUAUAGCUGCAUCAUGUGCUUUGGAAGCUUUGAAGUUAGCGUCAAACACUGCCAAGCCUAUUGAUAAUUAUUUGAAUUUUGCUGACAUCGAAGGAAUUUAUUGUGGAGUCGUCAAGUUAGAGAAAGAUCCAAAUUGUGUCUCCUGCAGUUUUGGAAGCGCGCCCGUCGAAUGUAAUCCAAAUGACACUCUGAAUGAUUUGAUAGAGAAUCUGAAGAAGAAAUAUCAAUUGAAAAAUCCUUCGGUUGAAACUAGUCAGAAGAAGCUAUACUUGAUCAGUAGUUUCUUCCCAAGCUUGGUGGAAGAGAGUAAGAAUAACCUCUCGCUUCUGCUCUCAGAUUUGGUUAUGAAUGGAGAGAAUAUACUUGUCGCUGAUGAAGUUUUACAGAAAUCUUUAACUCUUAGGAUUAUAUUCUUAUGA